ACACGCAGACAUAUCACAACAAUUCGGACUGUCAAAAGCCUCGUCCUCGUCGCCGCCGUGCUUGUGCAAUUGCUGCGAAUUAAAGAGGAACAAUCAGAGGCUGCUGACACGUCUACCUAGCUGUACGCGUGGCACCCACUGUCGCGCUCGGCAUCACCAGCCACCGUCUCACGCGCAUAAGGUUAUCAGAUAUCGCAGAUAGGACUACACGUCGCCCGAGCACGAGCAGAGACGUCGCCGCCAUAGCUCACGAUAUCGCAGUUUUGCAGGCGCAAUUAUUUGAUGGAGCCUCACCAGCUGGCUCUCGCCGCCCUCGACGAGGUGGCACAUUCGAUCAGCACGGCCGCGAGUCAUCGUGAUGCGGGUAAUGUCUUACGGGCGGCUGGCGACAUCCAACCUUCGAUCAAGAACAAAGAGAUCACGAAGAAUAGAGCUGCAUAUACCCACGAACCAAGUCAUUCUUCAGCAGCAGCCUGGGAAAACAUGUCUCUAUCCGGGAAGGGACACAAUAGCACCAGCAAUACAUCAUUGGCCUUGAAGACGACGACAUCCAGUAACAAUUCCCAAUCGACGACCGAUGGCCAUGAUACGGUCUCCACACCGCCGACUUCUACCUCCGAUGAGUUCUCAUCACAAAGCACGAAUGCCGAUGGGCCCCUGUCUCAAUUAUCGCAACUCUCGCAGCUGGCCGCUGCAGCAGAACCUCUCUUGAGCACGUCUUCGACGCGACCUGCCCUCACAAUAGCCCCAACAGCAGGCCAGAAAAGAACAGCAGACGGACAGGUGAAGCCACUAUCUGCCUCUCCUAACAGUCCAAAGGCGCGUGGACAUUCCAGGAAUACUAGCGCACUUUCGUCCGAGCUUCGGACGCGUCUUUCUUAUGCGAUGGUAAAAGUAAACAAUGGGUGGCAAUCAAAUUCAAUCGACGAAGUUGAAUCACUGGCAUCCCAGGCCGCGUCUCCAACCUCAUCCACAUCCACUUUGCAUGGCCGUCGCAAUCUUAUAUCGUCUCCGCGCACUGCCAUGGCAACUCUACAAAGUCAUUCCAGCAGUGCUAGCCAAACUAUCCAAACGCUAACGCCUGAUUUCGACUUGUAUCCCAGAGGAGACCAGCCAUCCCGAACGUAUGAAUCAUUCUGGCGAGACCAUUCAACACCAAACUUUCCCCCCCAACGUCAGUCGACGCAAACACCGAUCAUUUCACCUCCAGUCUCGAAAUCCCUUGGCCCCCCAGCUGACAUUCGUCCCACUGCAUCCUCACGCCGAUCAGGAACUCCAAAGUUCAGCAAACCACCGGCCAUGCCUAAUAACGGUUCGAAUUCGCCUUACAACACGUCAGCUCCUCGAACACCACUCAGAACAGACUUCAGGGAUAACCCUGUUAUUCAAACGCCGGUCCAAAAGACGAUUCAAGAACAGGAUGCCAUUGAGACUUUACUAUUUAUGAGCAGUCCUGGGAACUCUGGAAACAUGGGUCACACGUUCCCUCCGCCCAGGACCCAAGGGUCGCCACAGCUGAGCCCUCUAAGAACAGAAUUCGAUUCUCGUGCGAGAGCAAACCAAAUAAGAAGAGUUGAAUUCGACACUUCGGCAGUAAGUGUUAGCGCAGACAGCAGUGAAGGUGGUGCCGAGUACAGGAGCAAGAUGAGAAGCAAGGGACUCAGCCAAAGUAAAGCAAAGAGCGAGGAAAUGAACCGCUUCUUGGAUGAGAUGCGGGAUGAUUCCAGCAGUGAUGAAGAGGAAAUAAUGAUCAAGUAUUCGAGUCCGAGGCGUAUUCCAGCUGGGAGAGUCUAGCAGUCGCCGACUUCUUUCUCAAGUACAUACAUAGAGACGAUUUCAUGGCAUAUACGGAGUUCUUGCUUGCAUCUCUAACGACGCAGAGCUUUCUGGGCGUCAGGGUGAUACCCUUCUUCCAAUUCGGACGGAAUUAUGAUCAACGGUCUCUUUUGUUCAUUCGGGGGCUGCAUGCGAAUGUUGGAGUUUCUUCGGAUGGGUACAUCUAAUUUUAGGGGUUUCUGAGAUGGGAUUACCUCGAUGUCUUGGGUGCAUUUUAUGGAUAUUUAGUUGUAUAUUCUUUGGCAUUUUAGAUGCACAUAUCACGCCUUGCUUUUGUUGUUUCAUGGCCGGCACAGGUCUCGAAUUUUUUACCAUCACCAACCGAAUCAUAUUUUUGUUGGAGUAUUAUAUGACUGCAACUUGCUCUCGAACCCCAGCUCCACGCAUGGUAGCAAUUAACAGGAGCCUAUUCCUAGAACGGCGCAACCACGAGUACUGUAGACUGUGACUGAUGUAAC